AUGGAGGGCGCCGUCCGUCAAUUUUCGAGGGAUUGCUCUGGCCAUGCCAUGCUGGCGCUGGAGCCCCCAAGCCACACAAGGUCUGCAUAUUGGAGGCCCUACGCCGGCGAACGGUGCACAACCCGCUGGUCGCACGAUGGCCACGACCACACUGCGCGGUCGGUGACCUGCGCUGCCUGCGCGGCUUUCGCGAGGCAGUGCGCGAGGAAUCCCCGGCACGAGGGGAAGGUGCGGGUCGAAGCCAAAGGCGCUUCGGACCUGCGGCAAGGCUUCAAGGUGAACACCAAGUAUCGAGGAGCUGCGUCCUAUGGCACCAUUAGCCAGGAGGAGAUGGAGGAGGCUGAGAGGAUCCGAAACCAGUACACCACAGACCUGUCCAGCAUCAAGAAGGCGGAUGUCCAGCCGGCACGGAAGAGGCUGCUGCUUAAACGACUGAAGCCUGGCUUCGCGGCCGGGAGCCGGACAAAGAGGUUAGUGCAGGUGGUGCAGCACCGGCAGGAAAGCGAAGCCGAAGUUGAGGCUGAAGAGGAAGCUGAGGCUGAGGAGCCAAACGUUGCUGAGACGGGAUCGGAGCGAUCCUCAGAGCCGGGAUCGCGCGAGGCGGGGGUCCAAGGGCCGGAGAUGUGCGGCACCCUCCGAUUCCCACUUUCUGUGUCCAACGUAGCCCUGCACCUCGCAGCUUCAUUUGCAAUGCCUUCCCUGGUCGCGAUCGUCUUCGGCGUCUUCACCGACCCCGGAGCCGAGCCCUUGGUGGUGCGCCUGCAGCGGGUCGCCACGGAGUCGUCGGAUGCGUCGAAAUCGGUCCACUUCUACGUGGGGCGCCUGGAGGUGGGGAAACCCGCCCAGAGCUUCCAGGUGCUUUUCGAUACCGCCUCGGGCCACGUUUUGUUGCCCCACAGCUCCUGCGGCACCAAUGCCUGCCACCAGCACAAGCAGUUCUCGCCCUCCCACUCAGAGACGGCUGUAGACGUGAACACGGAUGGGCUCCCAGUGCAGAAGGGCCACAAGUUGGUGCUGGGUCGGGUGCAGCGGGACGCCGUGAGCCUGGAGUUCACCCAGGCCGAUCUGGGGGUGGGCGUGGCCAAAGCGGUGCUCGUGCAGGACAAGGUCUGCUUGGGCACGGAGUUCGGGGGUCAGAUCUGCACCAACCUCGAUGUCAUGGCGGCGGUGGAGAUGCAGCAGCCGCUCUUCGAGCAGAUGCCCUACGACGGCAUCGUGGGGCUGGGCUUGCCGGGCCUCACCACGGAGACGGGCUGCGACUUCUUCGCGCGCCUCACCGAGGCGCGCCCUGGCCUGGUGCCGCAGCUGGGUUUGGCCUUCGGCGCCCAGAGCGGGGAGCUCUUCCUCGGGGGCCACGAGCCGAAGCGCAUGAAGAGCCCCCUGCAGUGGUUCCCCGUGCUCCACCCACAGGACGGCUUCUGGGAGGUGGCCAUCCAAAGCGUCCGCCUGGGCAACCUCACGGUGCACGCCUGCGCUGCGCCGCACGGCUGCCGCGGCAUCAUCGACACCGGGGCCAGCCGCCUGGGGGUGCAGAGGGAGAACUUCGCGGCUUUGCACGCCGCGAUGUCUGAGAAGACCUCCCCGCUGGUGGGGGUGGCUGCCGCGCGGCGGAAGGGCCGCAGAGCCAGCGCAGGCCGAGGGGCGGACUUGGAGUUCGACCUGGGCCCCAUGUCGCUGAAGCUGCGGGUGGAGGACUACGCCGGCCAAAACUGCGAGGUGCAGCUGGGCCCGCUGGACCUGGACGGGGAGUUCCAGAACGUCUACGCCCCACGGCGGCAGAUCCCGAAUCCCUUUGGCCCUUUUGCAACGAUUCUCUUUGCAAGCCGCGGUGACUGCGGCGCGUCUGGCUCUGUACAGGCCUUUGGGGAGAACCUGCUGCGCCAGUACUACACCGCCCUGGACUGGCGCCAGCGCCGCAUCGGCUUCGCCCCGGCCGCGCCCCGCCGCGUGCGCCUCGGGUCCGGAAGCGGCGGGUCCGGAAGCGGCGACGCGGACGCGCGGAUCUUCGCGUUCUUGCCCGGGCUCGCCGACACGGCGAACCUGACUUCGAGCCUGCAGUCCUGGGAAGGCUGGGCUCCUGCUAUGGACCUGGCCGGCGCGCGCCGCGUCGCCGCCGCCCCGCGCAGCGCCGCCGCCUCGGCGCUGAAGGCGGCGGCGCGGGCGCUGAGCGCGGCGGACGAGCACGAGCUUUGUGCCCAAGUCCUUUUGGAGCUCCGCGACUUCGGGGUCGACCGGGAGGUGCUGGAGAGGCGCUUGUCGCCAGCAGCGGCCAACGCCCUCUUCGAGGAGACGGCUCUGCGCCUGGGCCUGGCGCUGCGGGAUGCGGGACAGCGGCAAGACGCUUGGGAGGCGCUGAUGGCGGUCUGCGCGCAGCCCGCCUUGGGCCAACACCUGCGGAAGCCCUCGCUGCAGGCUCUGGCGGAGGUCUCUGAGCGCCUCGCAAACGCCACCUCGGAUCCAUACUUGCAGGUGCAGUAUCUUCAGGGCGUGCUGGACGCCGAGGUGGUUCUGCAGGCCUUGCCGCGGGACCGCAGAGAGGGGCUGGAGUUGUACCUGGCAUUGUCCAUGGAGAAGACCGGCCAAGAGCAGGAGAGCCGACAGAUCCUCACGCGCCUUGCGCGCAAGGGCACCAGCAGACGCCGAAAGCAGGCAGAGUGGGCGAUUCUUGUGCAGGACGCAGAGGUUGAAGAUGAUGGAGCGCAGAGUGCCGAGAUGAAGGGAAUCUGGAACGAGGUCCAACUCCCCAGCAGCAGCCGCCUGGGCGGUGCGGGCGCGGCCGCCCGGCGCCAGGCCUCCGGCGCUUCAAGCUUCGGUCUGCCGGGCGGGGGCGCAGCGGUGCUGGCUGUGGCACUGCUGGCCCUCCCGCUGGCCUUGCCUCUGCUGCUCCUGGGUCCGAAGUGAUCCAUUGCGACGACAGCUUCAGCGCUUGGUUUUCCG